CACCCCCUGUCAGCGCUAGCUCUCUCUUCCUCCCUCCCUCUAUAUAUAUACAUAGAUAUGGAUAUGCAGCAGCCAAAGUGGUAGAUACAUCAACGUCAUCGUCUAUGGAAACAGCCAUGAAGAAUUCACACCACUUUGUGCUGGUGCAUGGAAUUGGAGGAGGAGCUUGGUGCUGGUAUAAAAUAAGGUGCCUCAUGGAGAAUUCCGGCCAUAGGGUUUCGUGUAUUGAUCUCAAAAGUGCUGGAAUUGAUCUAUCUGAUGCAGACUCCGUCCACUCUUUUGAUGACUAUAACAAACCUCUUAUAGAUUUCAUGUCUGCCUUACCCGAUAACGAGCAGGUGAUACUAGUAGGGCACAGCGCCGGCGGGCUGAGUGUGACAGAGGCUACUCGUAAAUUUGCAAAGAAAAUCCGUGUGGCGGUGUAUGUAGCGGCCACAAUGCUGAAAACGGGUUUCCAGACCGAGGACGACCUCAAAGAUGGAGUGCCCGAUCUAUCGGAAUUUGGCGAUGUCUAUGAUUUGGGAUUUGGAUUAGGCACCGAUUGCCCUCCCACAAGUGCCCUUGUCAAGAAACAUUUCCAGCGCACCAUCAUUUAUCACAUGAGCCCCCAAGAGGACUCAACCUUGGCGGGGAUGCUGUUGAGGCCGGGGCCUCUCCUGGCAAUAACCAGUGCUCGAUUCACGGAAGAGCAAGAGGACGACAGGCUGGUGCCCCGUGUGUACAUCAAGACAUUGCUUGAUCGAGUUGUAAAACCCCACCAACAGGACACCAUGAUAAAGAGGUGGCCGCCGUCUCAGGUGUACGUUCUCGACAGCGACCACAGCCCAUUCUUUUCCUCCCCCUUUUUACUCCUUGGCUUGUUCCUCAAAGCUGCUGAUUCUUGCAACUAGCUAGCUAGCUCAAUUCAAAUGUUGUCAUGUUGAAGAUAUAAAUAAUUAAGCAAUUUCUCAAUGUCAUGCUGAUUAAUUAGUCGUUUUUCAAUAACUUCAAUGCAUCAGAUCGAUCGAAAUUGUAAUAAAAUAUCUACCUUAGCUUCUUACUACUAGGAAUUAAUUAUAUAUCUUGAAUAAUAAUGUACUUAUUGU